GCCCCGGCCCCUGGUCUGGCUAAGUGUGCGGGGCGCGGGUCGACGUGGCAGGUGGUGGGACUACCGCGCGCAGGUACCGAUUCAAGGUGGGGCGUUUAUGCAUACGGAAUUUGAAUGAAAAAGAUGCAUAAAUGGUAACGUGGGGCCGGAGCUCGGGUGGGGAGACGUGGGUCGCUCGUUAUGCUUGCGUAUUUUGCCGUUAUUGGCUGCGUAAAUUCGGCGCGGGUCGACGUGGCAGGUGGUGGGACUACCCGCGCAUGCACCGAUUCAAGGUGGGGCGUUUAUGCAUACGGAAUUUGAAUGAAAAAGAUGCAUAAAUGGUAACGUGGGGCCGGGGUCGGGUGUGGAGACGUGGGACGCGCGUUAUGCUUGCGUAUUUUGCCGUUAUUGGCUGCGUAAAUUCGCAUCUGACACGACGUGAGUGGUCAGAUCGGGUAGUGGGGUGACGCGCGCGUCGUUCGGGAACGUGGGGCGGUCGCACGAUGGGGUGAUGCAUGUUUAUGGUAAUGUAACACAAUGGUCAUGUAAUCGUAACGGAUAGUUCACGUAAAUCUCGCGACAUGCAAACUGCGCAGCAAAUCGCGCAGGAUAUUGGAUCAUGCCAUGAAUAUAGGCCAGGACGGUUUAGGCGAGUAUAGGAACUGAAAAAAAAAACGGGCUACACACAGCCGCCGCAGCUUUUGUUCAGAGCUCUCGAAGAGUUAGGGCAUACACAAUGGAGACGGCCAGGGGAUCGGAGCAGUGUGGAGAAGAUACGGCGAUGACGACACCCUGUACGACCGAUGGCCGGAAUGCUGUAACUCCACCGGCUGCGUUAUCGGCGCCAGGAAUUCUUGAAGACGGCAACACAGUUCAUCCAAGUUUGGUGGGAACAAGUCAGCGGAUACCCAUGCGGACAAUUGGUGAACAUGAGCAGGACACACCACACAUUCUCCAAAGCCAUGAUGAUAGUAUAGAUCAACGAUUGGUACCGAAGGUGGGUAUGACAUUUAGUAAUGUGGACGAGGCGUACAAAUUCUAUAGCCGAUAUGCAUAUGAAGUUGGAUUUCCAUUGAAGAGAUAUAGGGAGAGAAAAAAUUGCAAGUGGUUGAAUUGUUCAAUGGAAGGCAAGCGUGCCGAAAGAGGAAAUGGUACUCCAAAAGUGCGAAAUACAAUUUCCAAGCGAACACAAUGCAGAGCUGGAAUGAAACUUAAAAAAAUCUAUGACGAUGCCAAAGAGAAUAUCAUUUCAGUGCGGAUUGAUCUUAUUCAUUUGGAACAUAAUCAUGAGUUCUUCAGAAAGGAUACAGAAAAGAAUCAGUUACAGUGCAACAAGACACAUGAUCCAGAAUACAUGGAGUUCCUUAGUGCGAUGCAAGAAAGCAGGAUUCCGCAACACUGUAUUAUGGAUUUUGUUUCAGAAAUGCAUGGUGGACCAGAGAAUGUACCGUUAACUACACAAGACAUGAUCAACCUGAAGAAAGCGCGACAAAGAGAAAGAAAUGCCAAUGAUGUGUCUAAGCUCCUAUCUUUUUUUGCAUUGUGUAAAAAAGAUAACCCACAGUUUUUCUCUGACUUCCAACUAGACCAAGAAGGAAAGAUUUUGAGCAUUUUUUGGUCCCAUGCUAGCCAGCAAGCAGAUUACAUUGACUUUGGAGAUGCAGUUACCUUUGAUACAACUCAUAAGACAAAUCUAUAUGACAAACCCCUGGGAAUGUUUGUUGGUUGUAACCACCAUCUGCAGUGCACCGUAUUUGGUUUCACAUUGUUGGGUGACGAAACUGUAGACACAUUCGAGUGGGUUUUCAAUGCAUUCAAAACAUGCAUGGGAUCUGAAGGACCACGAGUAAUGCUUACAGAUCAAGAUCCAGCAAUGCCAGUUGCACUAGGCAGGGUAUUUCCAAACACAAUCCAUCGUUUGUGUUUGUGGCAUGUUCAGAACAGGUAUAUGCCGUAUUUAAACGAGUUGUACGCUAGAUUUGAGGAAGAGGAUUUCAAAACAAGGUUCCAAUCUAUAAUACAUCAUCCUUUAACUGUAACUUAGUUUGAGUCUGCCUGGGCAAUGCUGAUUGAUGAUUUCCAUCUACAUGAUAACAUCAGUCUUUCCAGAAUGUAUGAAAUUCGUAAAGAUUGGAUACCAGCUUUUUUUAAACAUGAUUAUUGUGGGUUGAUGGUCUCUACACAGCGUAGCGAGAGCAUGAACAAACUCGUCAAAAGUGCUCAUGUCGAUGCAAACACGCCACUACAUCAAUUCGCCAAGCAAAUGUUGAAGCUUCUACACAGUAGGAAGAUGAAAGAGGCAAAAGAGGCACUAGGAUGCAUGGGCCAAAAGGAAACAAAUACAUUGUAUAUGUUUGAGAUACGUGUAGCGAGGACAUACACAAGGGCUGUAAUGAAUAAGUUUCACGAGUCUUUGAAAUAUGCUACUGCAUACAAGAUAUCACAUGAUCCAGAUGGUGGUGUGAAUGAAUGGGUGGUUCAGCAUACUUCAAGGUCAAAUAAGAUUGUGUGGGGGCAACACCAAUUCAAAGUAAUGGCUGAUGUAGAUGCUGGAAAGUAUGAAUGUGAAUGCAAGCAUUGGGAGCAUACAGGUCUGCUUUGUGUGCAUCUUUUACGAACAUUUAUGCAUCUUCAAAUUGAUCGAAUACCUUCGGAAUACAUCCUUCAGAGAUACACCUACUCUGCUAUACAAUAUGUGACUUUUUCAAGGGAUGAUAAGAAUUUGAAGGGUAAAGACGGUGAGACUAAAUCAUAUAGGCAGAAGAUGUUGCUUAAAAAGUCAAUGAAAGUAGUACAUCAUGCAAGUCUUUCGAAGGCUGGAUAUGAUAGAGCCCUGGAGAUGAUGGAUGAACUGCUUUUGCUACUUUCACGGUUGGAGCCAGAUAUUGAAGGUGAUGAUAGUACUAGUGAUGGCGAAGGAAUACAUGUAUUUAAUAUAUUAAUUGUAAUAGCCGUGUAUUUUAAUUGAUAUACUGAGUUAUAAGUUUUGGUGAAUGGAAAGUAUGAGAAACUUGCCUGAUACAGGGCGACAGGAAUGAUGUAAGAGACAUGAUGGGAGAUAAUCUAACGACAAGAAUGGCGCA